UCGUUGGUCAAUAUCUAUUCUAUUCACCAAACAAUUUCAAACCCCUAAACUAAACUCACGGACACACACACAUUAAUUAUAGCUAAUACACAUAACUUAAUCUUAAUCCCAAAUUUCACCUUAACAAUUUUUCAACAUCCUUUUCACACGCAAAGGGUGUUCCCAACAACUAAAUUGGUAAACACUAAAACACAUACCCAUUCUCACAUUCUCAUCCCCAUUUCUCAAAUUCAGUUUUCUGUUUAUCAAACAAAAACGCGUUUUCUCUCACAACCCUUUCGACCCAUUCCAAAUCUUCAAUCAAACAUAUCACCAUCAUAACAAAAUCAACACCAUCAUCAUUAUCACCAAACUAACAAAUUUCAAAAUCAUUAAAAGCAAAAACAAUUCUAUCUAUUUAUCCAUCAAAAUUUUCUUUUCCUUAAGCGACAUAUUCAAGCCAUGUCAAUGCUCCAAACCGACGAUCAAAUCAAACAACUAAGCGACAUAUUCAAUCGCUUCGACAUGGACUCCGACGGCAGCCUAACACAUCUCGAGCUCGCCGCGCUCCUCCGCUCGCUCGGCAUCAAACCAACCGGCGACGAACUCCACGCCUUACUCAACAACAUGGACAACAACAACAACGGUUACAUCGAAUUCGACGAGCUCGUUAACGCAAUCAUGCCGGACAUGAACGAGAAUGUUUUAGUCAAUCAAGAACAGCUUCUAGAGGUUUUUCGCUCGUUCGACCGAGACGGUAACGGCUUCAUCACGGCGGCGGAACUCGCCGGAUCAAUGGCAAAGAUGGGACAUCCUUUAACCUAUCACGAACUUGCUAACAUGAUGGCUGAAGCUGAUAGCAAUGGUGAUGGUGUUAUUAGUUUCAAUGAAUUUGCUACUAUGAUGGCUAAAUCCGCAGCUGAUUUUCUUGGUGUUAAGGUACAAUAGAUAUAACAAAAAUUAUCUGUGCACAAAUAUUAGAUCAAGGAGCGUGGGUUGAUUUGUGAAACCUUUUAUUUUAUAUUUUUAAUUGUUUUUUAGGAGAAACAGAUUAAAAAAAUGUUGAAGCAGAAAUGGGAAUUGGAAAAACAUGUAAUUUUGUAGAUAUCUAAUAUAUUUUUU